UUGUAGAGGUUGGAGAAAAUUGUCGCUGCGUCUAAAAAGCUGCAACACUACUUCCUGCCAACGCCGAAUAUGUCGAAUAAUCUCAACGAUGGGCGUUAAAAUGAACUUGAAUACGUAUAAAAACGCUUAAAUGUGUUUCCUUUAAACUGCAGCGACUGCAAAAAUGUGGAGGAAGACAGUGAGUGCAGUAAAUACUUUUUUAGUGGGAAGGAGUUUUAAGGAACUGUGGGGUGCCUGUGCAGUGCGUCCAUGCAGUACCGAGACAUCUCCUGCAGCCAGGAUGACCGCAAGACAGGCUGCAGACUUUUGGAGGAGACGCUUUGAGGUCAAAAGUAUGACAGAACCUGACCUCUCCAGCCACUACAUCAUCGCUCAUGUGCUCGGGGCUAAAACUAUUCAAAGUGUUGAUCCGGAGCGAUUGUCCGCCUUUCUCACUCAAGAGGAAACAGAGCAAAUAUGGACGCUCUGCAAGAGGCGCCUUUCCAGCAUGCCUGUGCAAUAUGUGAUUGAGGAGUGGGACUUCAGAGAUCUGACACUGAAGAUGAAGCCUCCUGUGUUCAUCCCACGACCAGAAACAGAGGAGUUGGUAGAACUGGUACUGAAGGAUCUGCAGAGGAAAAACGACGGCAGACGAGGCUCACCUACAUGUUUGGAAGUGGGAUGCGGCUCUGGGGCCAUUUCUCUCAGCCUGCUCAAGAGCCUGCCUCAGCUUACAGCCAUCGCACUAGAUCAAAGUCUGGAUGCCGUGGAACUGACAAAAGAAAAUGCAUCAAGGCUGGGACUUCAGGAUAGAUUAAAGGUUUAUCAUGUGGAUGUCAUGGAAGAUGCUGACACUGUGUUGAAGCUGUGCCGUAACGUGACUGCAUUAGUCAGCAACCCUCCUUAUCUCUUCACGGAGGAUUUGUCAUCACUGGAACCGGAAAUUUUUAGGUUUGAGGACCACGCCGCUUUGGACGGAGGCAAGGACGGCUUGAAAGUAAUCCAGAAGAUUCUGACUCUGGCUCCACACAUUCUGGCAGACGACGGCCAUGUUUACUUGGAGGUGGAGCCAAGGCACCCCGGGAUCAUUGGGCAGUGGGUGGAGACCAACGUGAAGCAGCUGCAUUUGGUGGAGACGCAUCACGACAUCAGCAGCAGGCCCCGAUUUUGCAUCCUUCAGAGAAAGAAGUCCAAUGUCCACACACUGGACCUGGAUUGAGAAAGUCAGAUCCUAUUACGCUGGCUUUCGUCCAGGUGGCCAUAGCCUGAUCCCCCGUCUCCACCCCUGCGUAAGCCGUUAAACACGCUUACUAGCGCCACCGCUUCCAUCGUUCCACAUUCUCACUUGUUUUUUUGGAGCACAAAUCCUUUAAAUCGCUCAUUUUGUGUAUUUUUUUAUUUUUUUUGCGUGUCCUGUGUUUCAAUAGCACAAAAAAUGUGUGUGUCAUGGCACAGAAGCGGCUCAAAGCUGAAGGUAAUUACCAAGGCUUUUCUUAGAACACUCCCUCUCAGAAUCGCACCCUCCUCCCAGGAAGCAUUUUGUAGUUCUGUGAAUCGGCUGCUGAACGUUCCUCCCCUUUGCCCGUCCACUCAAGCUGACUCAGAUGCAGGCCCUGUGUGCGUGCAUGUGUGUGUUGUUGAACACACACACAUGCACGCAGAUUGUGGCCUUUACAGCCUCACACAAUCUCACUAUGGAAACUCAAAGGCCACAGACUAUUUUAAUUAAGGGAACAAUACAAAUUUGAAUCAACACCUUUAGCGUCGUUACCUAAAAUGUAAAACGAUACUUUUCCACGAAAACAAAAAAGGUUGGGAAAUUUCCUGAUCUUUUGCCAAAUGUAAUGGCUCAUGCUCCACCCCUCGUGUAAAGUUCUGUGCCGAAGGAGUAGUGCAAUCCUGCUGGAUUCCCGGGCGCGGCGCCGCUGCUGCCCACUGCUCCCCAAGGGGAUGGGACAAAUGCAGAGGACAAAUUUCACCACAUCUAGUGUGUGUGUGACAAUCAUUGGUACUUUAAUCUUUAAUCUUAAUCUUAAAAACAAAAACAACUGCUUGGAAGACGUGUCAGAAGGGCCAAAGAAGAAAAAAAAGCCUACACGUGUAAAAGGUAGAAAAAUCAUUUACUGAGAAAAAUAAAAUGGCAACGGUGUGUAAAUAGAACCACUGUAUGUACAACUAAUGCAAUCCAGUCCAAAUGUGACACACUCACUCACAGAGGAGGAUAUAAAGUGAAGUGUUACAUAAAAAUAAUAACCCUGUGUCCAACCUUUUUUGACGUCCUCCUCCGCCAAGUUCCAGAGCAGCAUUGUCAUUCCCAGGUUUAGGAAAAUAACCCGUUUGUCACACCUUGAAGGGAUAUUCCUGUAAGAAGCGCAGGAGGGGCCGAGGGAGUGGUAGCUGGGCGCAGUGGUCUGAGUGCCUGUUGAUGACCAGGCGAGUGAGGUGCUGCAGGGACGGCAGGCUCUGGGGCUUGUACACGGCCUGCUUUAAUUUCAGCACUACCGACGACGAUGACGACGACGACGACGCCUCAUCUUGGACGCUCACCUUAGAGAGAGCCUGCUGCUCCGCCGCCCGCCCGUCUUCCGGUCUCCUUUCUGAGCCCAUGUAGUGCUGCACCAGGCUGGGCACGUUGGGGAAGGACGACAGGCUCGGUCUGGCCGGGGAGCUGCAGUCCAGCAAGAACUGAGUGCAGCUGUACUGGAUGCGUAUGCUGGUGGGACCCCGCGCUGUCUUGACCGACAGUGUAAGCAUGUAUAGAGGGUGGCUGCUGUCCCGUACCAAAAAAGCCCCCUCCGAGGCCCCUUGAAGUGCAUCGUGGGCCUGAGCUGCACUUAUACCCCCCCAGUACCAUCCUGCAAACACAUACACAGACAUCAGUGUUACUUUCAGUCGCAAAACUGACAUGUAAACAGUACUUCAUACCUGACGUUUCCAGAUAGCAAAAGUUGCUCGCAAUCGCACGCAAGUCUUUGGUGGGGUCCCACAGCGGCGAGCUGCUCUGAAGACAAGGCAUCGCUGCGCCUGUGCCCGCCCGCAUGCCCCUCUGGGGCGCCUCAGUAGAUGGAGCCGCGGGCAAAAGAGCUCGGGGACUGGAAAACAAGACAAUUUUGUUGAAAUGGAAUAAACAAAGACAAGGAAUCCUCACAACAGACUUGAUUUACUACCCAGGAAUCCACAUACCAGCUACUUACUGUAUAAUACAGUAAGGAACAAUACUUUUUACAAGGCCAAUAUGUCAACAUCAUAGUUUAUUUAGAACAACACGAAUACAGUAAUCCAAGUGAAUUCGAUGAUUAAUAAUAAAAUGUAAUAGUUUAUUUGAUUUAAAUAAUGUACAGUAACACCACUGGUAAAUACAAUCAUUAAUAGUAGUACAUUGAGUAGUUUAUUUGCUUUAUAACAAACUUGCAGUCAUGCUACUGGAAAUUACAGCCAUUAAUACUAUUAAAUUCAAUAGUUUAUUGAAUUUACACAGUAAUCAUACUACAGUAAAUACAAUAGGUAAUACUAUAGUAAAUUCAAUAGUGUGAUUGCU